AAAUUUUGAUCGGCAGAUUGUCAGUUUGACACUGAUAUGAUAUGAGUCCAAUUUUGUGAUUGUGAAUUUCUCUGAAACAAUCGGAAAUAGAGAAAUAUUUUGUCCUAAGAUGGUUGUGCCUAGUCCAUUUGUAUAUUGGGCUCAAACUGAUAAGUUAAUAACCCUGAAAAUUGAUUUAAAAAAUGUCGUCAAGCCCGACGUAGAUAUUAUUGAUAAUAAGAUAAAGUUUUUCGGAAAAGGUAUCGGUGCGCACGGUGAUACACAAUAUGGAUUUAGUUUGGAUUUGUUUUCAUCACUUAAGUCUGAUGAUGAUCAAGGCCCUACAAUUAGACUGUUUGAAAAUAGAGUAGAAUUGAUAUUGAAGAAAGAAAAAGAUGCUUGGUGGCCCCGCCUUACUGCACAGCCCCAAAAGCCUGCAUGGUUAAAGAUCAAUUUCGACCUUUGGAAGUCCGAAGAUGGUAUAGAUAGUGAUGAGGAAGCGAGAGAUGUAAUGAAGGACUAUCCCGGAAUGUAUGAUCAACUUCAUAAGGAAGAAAUGGGGUAUAGAAAAGAAGACUUUAAAAAAGUAUACUUGAUAGUGUACAAUUUGUUCCAAUUCAUUGGCUUCACAUAUGUACUUGCUGUGAUGGGUGUGCGCUAUGCUAAACUGGAGUAUGAAUCAGUUUCGGAUACAUAUGAAAAUGUUGGCUCCGCUAUGAAGUUCCUACAGUUAAUGCAGUAUCUGGAAGUUAUGCAUCCAAUGUUCGGAUAUACAAAGGGUGGUGUUUUGGUACCGUUUCUGCAAAUAAGUGGUCGUGCAUUUGUAUUGUUUGUAAUGAUAGAGGCAGAGCCCAGAAUGCAGACCAAACCUGUUGUAUUCUAUUUGUUCCUAAUAUGGGGUCUUAUUGAAGUUGUCAGGUAUCCAUUCUACAUAACUCAGAUAUACAAGAAAGAGAUUUAUUUAUUAACAUGGUUACGUUAUACUCUAUGGAUACCACUCUAUCCAUUAGGUAUACUCUGUGAAUCCAUUGUUAUUUUACGUAAUAUUCCAUAUUUUGAGGAAACUCAGAAGUUUUCAGUAUCAAUGCCUAACGAAUGGAAUUUUGCAUUUCAUUUACCUUCUAUAAUGAGAGUUUAUCUUUUAGUUUUAACAUUCCCCGGCAUGUUUUUCGUUAUGAGUCACAUGCAUAAACUAAGAACUGUGAAACUUAAACCGAAAGUAAUUAUAAAGAAGUCUAAAUAA